AUGGCAUCGGUUACACAAAACGUUGUUCGCUGGACAGCACUUGCCACGGGUGUUGUAUACGGUGCAGUACACCUGCGUUCUGUGCAUAAGAUUCAAGCACAAGAGGAGGAGCACUUGGCUGAGAAGCACCACCAACAAGUCAUUGAGAAGGCACGUAAAGCUUGGAUCGAGAAGAAGCCAUCAAAGAGUAGCAAUGGAUUAAUCACUGACCCUGAGAAUCCAUCAUUUGACCUUGAAAAGUUCCUUGAAGCCAAAUCAAAAGAAAAUUAG